UUUUUUUUUUGCAAUACCCUGCUCUUUCUUCUUCGUUUCUUCCUUUGUAAUCUGAACCUCUGCCUGUCGUCAGGAGCUCUAAGAUGCCAUUGAUAUCCAUUCUUUCCAAGUCCAGAAGCCCUCUUCUUGCUUGCGUAUUUAUCCUUAACAAACGCCACCUUUCCUCUACGGAAAACCUCAUUUUCCCGAAAUCAUUUCUAGCCUUUCCUUCACCACCAGCGAGUACUAAUCCACAACAAUUCGGUCGGGAAUGGAUCCGACCCUACCACGACGGGAGGCCCAGAGGGCCUCUGUGGAGGGGCAAGAAACUUAUUGGAAAAGAGGCCAUUUUUGUUAUAUUGGGUUUGAAGAGAUUCAAAGACGAUAGGGAAAAGCUCGAGAAAUUCAUUAAAACCCAUGUGCGCAGGCUUCUUAAAUUGGAUAUGAUAGCUGUUCUCAAUGAACUCGAACGCCAACAGGAAGUUUCUCUUGCUAUCGAGAUUUUUAGGGUGAUUCAGAAACAAGACUGGUAUACACCCGAUGUUUAUGUAUACAAAGACUUAAUUAUUUCAUUAGCUAGAUGUAAAAAGAUGGACGUGGCAAUGGAGUUAUGGGAAAAUAUGAGAAAGGAAGGUUUGUUCCCUGAUUCUCAGACGUAUGCUGAAGUUAUUCGUGGUUUCUUGGCGUAUGGGUCUCCAGCCGAUGCCAUGAACAUUUUCGAGGACAUGAAGAAGUCUCCAGAUCCACCUGAGGAAUUGCCAUUCAGGAUAUUAUUGAAGGGGCUUCUUCCACAUCCCUUGUUGAGGAACAGGGUUAAGCAGGAUUUCGAGGAAAUAUUUCCAGAUCAGCGUGUUUAUGAUCCUCCAGAAGAGAUAUUUGGAUUGCGAUGAGGUAUGUAUUCUAAUGAUAGUCGGAUUUUUGCCGCUUAUUAGUAAACCUGAUCGCUGGAAAAUAGUCUUUAUAAGUAGAUAGUCAACUUGAACAAGUAAAACUUAACCGAUUUUGAGUAUGGUGCAUGUUUUGUUACUGCCUGGUCGGGCAGCAUUGCAAUGGUGAGAUCUAUCGACUAUCGUGCUAUCUA